CACGAACCCUACCUGCAUUUCCCUCAACCAAACAACCCCUUACAGGCGAGGGUCACGAAACCCCUCUUGCCGAGAUUAGUCGCCAUAUACCCUUCAAUCCAAUCCAUUUGUUUCAAACGCUAAGUUUGUUGGAAUCUACUUACAAUGGCUGCGGCAACGAUGGUCAGCUCGGCGGGUGGGCUGCUUUCAAUGCUGACUGAAAACCAUCCGGCGCUCAAGUUACACGCGCUCUCAAAUCUUAACGCUUUUGUUCACUACUUCUGGCCGGAGAUCUCGGAUUCUCUGACUAUUAUAGAAAGCUUGUAUGAAGAUGAAGAGUUUGAACAGCGGCAGCUUGCUGCUUUGCUCGUUUCAAAGUGUCCAAUGCAUAAUGCCACCACUCUGUCGGCAUUAAAAAGGAUAGCCGCAUACAACCACUUUGAAAUGGCCAUGCAUACUCCCUCUAAACUCUGUUCCACUUACACCUAUAGUGUUUUCUGUCAUCAGGUUUUCUACUAUUUGGGUGAACUUAGUGACUCAUUGACAUAUGCCUUGGGGGCCGGUUCACUAUUUGAUAUAUCUGAAGAUUCUGACUACGUUCAUACUCUGCUUGCCAAAGCAAUUGAUGAAUAUGCCAGUCUCAAGACCAAAAAAGAUGAGGCAAAAGAUUCAGCAGUGAUUGAUCCUAGACUGGAAGUAAUCGUUGAGAGAAUGCUUGAUAAGUGUAGAACAGAUGGAAAAUGUCAACAAGCAAUAGGAAUGGCCAUUGAGUGCAGACGAAUGGAUAUACUUGAGGAAACUGUUUGGAACAGUGAUAAUGUUGAUGUUCAUUUUAUUAUGAGAUAUUGCAUUGAUAUCUGUCACUCGUUUGUCAACAACAGAACAUAUCGGCGUGAGGUUAUCCGUGUUCUUAUCAAGGACUACGAGUAUCAUCCAACCCCUGAUUAUCUGUGUCUUUGUCAGGGACUUAUGUUUUUAGACGAUCACGAAUCCGUUGCUAGCAUAUUUGAGAAACUUUUGCUAUCAGAAAAUGUGGACGAUGCACUAUUGGCAUUUCAGAUAGCCUUUGAUCUUGUGGGGAAUGAGAACCAAGCCUUCCUUUUGAAGGUGGUGGAUCAGCUUCCUAGUCUUAACUCACAGUCUUCAGAACCUUUGCAAUCGUCGGAGUCUGCUCAGCCAGAUUCUUCAGCCAUUGGAAUUGUCCCAACAUCAGAGGAUGCUCAAAUGACCGAUGGAGCUCAAGCAGACAGCAACACAACGCUUAUUGACAGAAGGGAAGCAAUAUAUGAUGAGAGACUGGAAAAGCUGGAAGGAAUUUUGUCUGGAGAGACUUCAAUACGAUUGACUUUACAAUUCUUGUACAGUCAUAACAAAUCAGAUCUUCUCAUUCUUAAGACGAUAAAGCAAUCUGUUGACAUGAGAAAUAGUGUAUGCCAUAGUGCAACAGUAUUUGCGAAUGCCAUUAUGCAUGCUGGAACAACUGUCGAUACUUUUCUUAGGGAUAAUCUGGACUGGCUGAGUAGGGCUACAAAUUGGGCUAAAUUUAGUGCAACAGCAGGACUUGGUGUCAUACACAGAGGCCAUCUGAAGCAAGGAAGAUCUCUCAUGGCACCUUACUUGCCACAAGGUGGGGCUGCUGGCAGUCCAUACUCUGAAGGUGGAGCUCUGUAUGCUCUUGGUUUGAUUCACGCAAAUCACGGGGAUGGCAUCAAGAAAUUUCUGCGCGAGAGCCUUAGAAGCACUAAUGUCGAGGUUAUCCAGCAUGGGGCCUGCCUAGGUCUUGGUCUGGCAGCUAUGGGCACUGCUGACAGUGACAUUUUUGACGACAUAAAAAAUGUGCUGUACACUGACAGUGCUGUUGCCGGUGAAGCUGCUGGAAUUAGCAUGGGUUUGCUGCUGGUUGGCACUGCAAGUGAGAAGGUUGGCGAAAUGCUCGCUUAUGCACAUGAAACCCAACAUGAGAAGAUUAUUAGGGGUUUGGCCUUGGGAAUAGCACUUACAGUCUAUGGCAGAGAGGAAGAAGCCGAUGAACUGAUUGAGCAGAUGACUCGCGAUCAGGAUCCCAUAAUACGUUAUGGUGGCAUGUAUGCUUUGGCCUUGGCCUACAGAGGAACGUCCAGCAAUAAAGCCAUACGUCAGCUGCUGCACUUUGCCGUGUCAGAUGCUAGCGAUGAUGUCAGGCGGACUGCUGUUCUUGCCCUUGGGUUUGUGUUGUAUUCUGAACCUGAACAGACCCCUAGAAUUGUUUCUUUAUUGUCAGAGUCCUACAAUCCACAUGUUCGGUAUGGUGCUGCACUGGCAGUCGGGAUUUCUUGUGCGGGCACUGGCCUUAGUGAGGCCAUAUCGUUGCUGGAGCCUCUUACAUCAGAUGUUGUUGACUUUGUUCGUCAAGGUGCUCUAAUUGCAAUGGCGAUGGUGAUGAUCCAGAUCAGUGAAACUAGUGAUUCUCGUGUUGGUACUUUCAGGCACCAACUGGAAAAGAUUAUACUCGACAAGCAUGAAGACACAAUGAGCAAGAUGGGUGCAAUUUUAGCCUCCGGAAUUCUGGAUGCUGGUGGAAGGAAUGUGACCAUCAAGUUGCUUUCAAAGUCGAAACACGACAAAAUUACGGCAGUUGUUGGUCUUGCUGUGUUCAGUCAGUUUUGGUACUGGUACCCACUUAUAUAUUUCAUAAGCCUGGCAUUUUCACCAACUGCCUUCAUAGGUCUGAACUAUGACCUGAAAUUGCCAAAGUUUGACUUCCUGUCGCAUGCAAAGCCUUCAUUGUUUGAAUACCCUAAGCCUACUGUUGUGCCCACCGCUACUUCAGCUGUUAAACUACCUACAGUGGCUUUAUCGACUUCGGCAAGGGCCAAGGCAAAGGCCAGUAAAAAAGAGGCUGACAAGGCCGAGACUAAUUCUGGCAAGGCUAAAAGUGCUGACAAGGACAGUGACUCCAUGCAGGCUGAUACCACCACUACAGAGAAAAAAUCUGAACCCGAGCCAACAUUUGAAAUUCUGAGCAACCCAGCUAGAGUUGUCCCUGCCCAAGAAAAAUUCAUCAAAUUCCUCGAGGAAAGCAGAUACAUCCCAGUGACUUCGGCCAGCUCAGGAUUUGUGCUUCUGAAGGAUUUGCGUCCGAAUGAUCCUGAAGAAUUAAUUCUCACUAAUGCUCUCCCAUCAACAACAACAACGGCAUCGAAUGCCGGGCAGCAUGGAUCAUCCUCUGCUGCUGACAUGGCUGUGGAUGAUGAUGAACCUGAACCCCCGAGACCGUUUAUGUACUCAUCGUGAAUAUCUUUUUUGUUAGAUGCUCGACAGGUGUUUUUUUCCAAGCUGGCAUGGAAAUCCUUUUGCAAGAAUGUUGAAUUUUGUAACAACGCAUUGUAGAUUUUGACUAAUUUUCCCACUGUGCUCUGUAACUGGCUAGGAAGUGAGGUGGGGAACUGCAUUUUCACUGUAUCCGCGUCUGCAUUUCUUAGUGAGGCUAUGUUUGGAACUUGGAAUUGUUUGUUGAACUAUUUUGGUUUCAUUCAUAGUUUUAAGUGAACAGUGUGGUGUGGGGAAAAUCUCUUAUGCCUUAUACAUAGGACAUGUUUGUUUAUGGAAAUUUUGCAAAAAAAUUUCACAUUUUAACUCAA